UAUUUCAGUUUGUAGAAAGGAAAUCCAAGAUGGCUGACUCAUCAUAGUUGUUCAAGACUUCCUUGUAAUAUCCCUAAAUUCGACCCAGACGUACCUCCAAGUUAUUUAAAAAUGGGCCUCAAGUCUUCCUCGCUCCUUCAAGAGGAAGAUCUUGCGGAGAUUCAGCGCGAAACAGGAUUCUCACCCAAGCAGAUCUCAAGAUUAUACAGCCGAUUCUCAAAUCUCGAUAAGGCAAAUCAAGGGACUCUCACGCGAGAGGACUUUCUUAGAAUACCAGAAUUGGCAAUAAACCCACUGGGUGACAGAAUAGUGGAUGCAUUUUUCAUGAACCAGGAAGAAGCAGGAUUGCAAGAACAGUGUAACUUCAAGCAGUUUGUGCGGACACUUGCCCACUUCAGACCCUUCCAUGGACACUCGCCCAACCCUCUGAACACAAGAGAAGAAAAGCUGAAAUUUGCCUUCAGAAUAUAUGACAUUGAUAGUGAUGGCUAUAUCUCUAAGACUGACCUGAUUGCAAUUCUCCACAUGAUGGUGGGUGUUACUAUCAGUGAUGAGCAUCUUACAGGAAUUGCCGACCGUGCCAUAAGCGAUGCCGAUACGGAUGGGGAUAAGUUGAUAUCAUUUGCUGAGCUCAAGAAGGUGAUGGAAGACGUUGAUUUGAAUGCCAAGAUGAGCAUUCGUUUCCUGGCGUAAUGGUCAAGCCUAGAAUGGACACAUGGGGAUGUAAAAUAUUUUCUUGGUAUAUAUAUUUUAAUCUGAAAUGACAGUGUCAAUUGUAUAAUUAUGUAAUUUAUUCAUCUUAUCCUAAACUAAGAGGGUUGAGUACAUCAAAAAAGCCAAGUAUAAGAUGUGAAAUUGAGAGAAAGGCCUAUAACUAGAUAAUCUACCAACUAGCUGUAGAGUGACUGAAUAGGCAUGGUGGAGUCAGGGAGAUAACACAAGGUUGCAAUGGCAUUUUUUAUGCUUUAAAAACAGAGUAGUUUCUCUGAAGUUUCGAGCUUUGGUCAUUCCUUUGACUGUACUAGGCUGCAACUAGUAACAAGUUUCACUACUUUGUAUAACUCUAUCCAGUCAUGCAUCUCUUGCAAGCAAAUAAACAGAAACAUAUCAAAAAAA